CCUUCUGAACUUCGUCCAAGUUCCUUUUUUGUGCUGAGCACGCUGAACACGCCACGGGCCGCAGUCUCUACACAAACAUCACUCCCCUCGUCCUUGAAUCACCACCCACAGCCUCACGCUUCCUCUGUGCGCAUUCGAGCCAUGGAGCCAUUUGGCGGUCGACGCAAGCGCGUCGCCAGUCGUGCCAAGGACGCUGCAAUCGCUUUUUAGGAAAAGCUGCACCCGCCUCGACCGGAGAUUGUGGCUCGGAGAUGCAUUCGUUGCAAGCAGAAGAAACCUGAGCAUGUGUUUUUCAACAUCGCGAAUCCGUUCCGACCAACGGAUAUGUGCAUCGUUUGUGUUCAGGAACACGACGUCAUGUCGGAGCGCAUUGCAAACCGCACAGUAUCGGAUUCCCGAGCCCAAGACCACGUCGUCAGCUCAGGGUUUGACGAUACCCAAUUUCCAAGCCCAAAGGCCUCGUUAGACGGCCGCCACGUCCUUCGCCGAGCCCGAAGGGCCGUGUCUCAAUUCUUCCAUCGAUCGCCUGGCACCGCACGCGAAGAAUCCCAGGCAGAUUUUUACCCCGAUGAGGUAUUCCUCCCCUAUCGCCGUCUGCCGCUGGAACCACUUGGCACGCGAUCAUCCGGGCGAGCCGCCCCGACACUCCACCGUGCGGCAUCCCAACCCGCGUUGAAAGACAACGGUCGAAGUGCAGGCUACAGAGUUGGACCGGCUGAAGAUGUCAUCUACUCCGCUGCCCCUUUUAGGGAUGCCAGUCCCCAUCCUGCGUUAAACGACAACCGUCGAUACAGAGUUGGACUGGCUGGCGAUAGCAUCUACUCCGCUGCCCCUUUUAGGGAUGCCAGUCCCCAACCUGCGUUACAAGACAACGGUCGAAGUGCGGGCUACAGAGCUGGACUGCCUAAUGAUGGCAUCUACCCCGCUACCCCUUUCAGGGAUAUCAGUCCCCCACCUCCAGAGGCCAUAUUCCGGGCUGAUCGUCCCCGGGCCUACUACUUUUAACGAUACGGCAAGAGCGAUGGUUAGGAGACUUCCCUCAUCCUUAGGUUCCAAGGUGAAAUCUGAUAUCGAUGUGGUGCAGGAUGCACUGAUAGGACGGAUACGGGGGAAUGAAAUAUGUCAUGUAACACAAAUCAAAGUUUAUCGGGAUGAAGUGACAGAUGGAUGGGUCAACUAGGUGCAAAACAACGCCAACGAGUUUAGUUGACUGAAUAUGAAGAGGACCUGACAUUCGAUUGAGG